UUACACGAAUAUUUUCUGCGAAUUGAUCCUAGUUUUCAACGAAAAGUCCAAUUUACUUUCGGUCGUGGUUGAGUAUUGACAGAAUAUUCAUCUGGAAUUUAUUGGAAUGACGUUAAUUUCUGUAAUUAACGUGUUUUUAAAUUACUAAUUAAAUUUUGCCCAUUUCGCCUUUAGGUUACCAACAUCUACCCAUUUCCAGAACUGGUGAACGUUUGAAUAUUUUUCCUAAUGGAUAUGCUAGUAAGGGCGCUUUUAUGCCUCCUCCUAUUUUGGUUUUGCUACGUAAGUCAGAUCACUGAUUCUACAAAGAAUCCUUCAUUCUGGUCCACAUACAUUGGAAUCAUAUUAAUGUGCUUAUGUAGCCUAAAAUUGCAAAUUCUAACAUUUGAAGAUUGGAUUAAAUGCGACUUACAGAAAAAAAACUUCUCGAAAUUUUCGAAAUCUACCUUUAAUAUGAAGAACUUGGCUGAAGCUAAGGAUCGCGGCAAUUCGGUAAUAGACGUAAAAAAAGAGUUCUACGAGGAAGUUUUUGAAAGUUUGUCAGACUUGCGUUCGGGAAUAUUGAAGAGCCCAAUGAUCUGGUGUGAACCGUGUAUCUAUGCAGUUAUUGAAUCUGAUCACGAUGAAAUGCUGAGUUCAGAUUCUUCAUAUAUCAGUGAGAGCAGCAGCCAGGAUUUCUCUCCUCCACCAACAGAGGUUAGUACGCAGGUGGGUUCAGAGGCUAAUGGAGUGUCACAAAUCCAACCGUCGUGCGCGAGUGAUCUACAUGGAGAACCUAACCAAGCUUCCAACGGUGCAUUUGCAGCGACUAUAGGGGCAUCUUCUGGGAGUGACAAGGGGGUUCCUCCUGGAGAAACGGUGUGUUUGACCGAGGCAGAGAAAGUAAAAUCUGGUUCGGACCAAUUGCCGCCUAAACUCCUUGCCAUCUCCGAAGCUAGUGGAGGAAAAACGAAAAUGACAACGAGCUGUACAUUGAUGAAAACUGGCUUGACGAAACCAUCGUAUGGGAAUUCUUCGUCAUCGAUUGGGAUUUCAACGUUGGAUAAAGCGAGCACGAAGCCAGUGAAUAUGCAAACAACCAAAGCUCCUCGAACGAUAACGUCAGGAGCGAAUGUUCAAAGAUCUGCGUCAUGCUUGACCAAAAGUGGCGUAGUUGCGGGUGCUGCCAUGAAAAGUUCCACAACUGCCUCGGAUCUGAGACCCCACACAGCCAUUAGAAAUGCAAGGCCAGGUUCUGUCAAGCCCUCGGCACCAGGACUUGGUUCUGCAAAGCCCUCGGCAUCAGGGCUGGGUUCUGCAAAGCCCUCGGCAUCAGGGCUGGGUUCUGCAAAGCCCUCGGGAUCAGGGCUGGGUUCUGCGAAGCCCUCGGCGUCGGGCCUGGGUUCUGCGAAGCCCUCGGCGUCGGGCCUGGGUUCUGCGAAGCCCGCGGCGUCGGGCCUGGGGUCUGCGAAGCCCUCGGCGUCGGGACUGGGUUCUGCGAAGCCCUCGGCGUCGGGACUGGGUUCUGCGAAGCCCUCGGCGUCGGGGCUGGGUUCUGCGAAGCCCUCGGCGUCGGGGCUGGGUUCUGCGAAGCCCUCGACGUCGGGAGUGGGUUCUGCGAAGCCGUCGACGUCGGGAGUGGGUUCUGCGAAGCCGUCGACGUCGGGAGUGGGUUCUGCGAAGCCGUCGACGUCGGGAAUGGGUUCAGCGAGGACCUCUGGGUUGGGAAUGGGUUCUACGAGGACCUCUGGGUUCGGUCCGGGUUCUGCGAAGACCUCUGCGUCGGGACCGGGUUCUGCAAAGACCUCUGCGUCGGGACCGGGUUCUGCAAAGCCCUCUGCGUCGGGACCUGGUUCCGCGAAGCCCUCUGCGUCGGGACCGGGUUCUGCAAUGACCUCUGCGUCGGGACCGGGUUCUGAAAAGACCUCUGCGUCGGAACCGGGUUCUGAAAAGACCUCUGCGUCGGGACCGGGUUCUGAAAAGACCUCUGCGUCGGGAGCUGGUUCCGCGAAGCCCUCUGCUUCGGGACCGGGUUCCGCGAAGCCCUCUGCUUCGGGACCGGGUUCCGCGAAGCUCUCGUCCAUCGUGACGUCAAAUAAAGGAAGUCCUGUUUCUCGAUUAGCAUCAAAGAAUCCAAUCGCCGAAGCAGUGUCUGCUGAAGGAAGCUUAGAAACUGUGAAGAAACUAGCGCUGAAAAGAACGUCUUGUACUGCGGCGGUUAAUUCAGUGGCUGGAACUUGUAGACCCUCUCCAGUUGGGAUACCUGGGCCGCAUGUUUCCGAUAAAACGGCCAAAGUUCUUGGUAAAGACAACCAAAGUCUGAGGCGGCUUUCGUAUAAUGCAGUGACGUACAGAUCCAAAAUUGGUACGAAGAAGACGAAAGAAUGUCCUGCCGAUGUGCGUCUGCUGCCGGAGUCUGAAACAAGAAAAGGGCUUACGCAGACUGGAAAGUCCAGCUGUUCGGAAGAUCGAGCUGUUGGGCUCGAUAUUACGUCAAGUGUUGGUCAUAUUCAGUCGAACGUUGCCAUAGAUGAUGUGACGUUGCUGCAAAUGAUAAUGAACAAGCAGAAACCAUGA